UUUAUCUGCAGGAAUGAUUGCGACUAUCAGUCUAGAGCUCACCGCCUGACUGAGGAGGUGAAAGUUGCGCCACAGGAAGAUAAACCGCAAAAGACAAUAUUGCAUGCAUACGUGAAUUUGCGUGCGCCUCGGAUGAGCGGUAUAGGGGGAUUCCUCGCGUCUUAGAAAGUAAAGAAAAAAGCGGUGGAUUUGAGAGUUUGCUCAGUCGAGUGCGGUGCAGAAAGAGAUAGAGAGAGAGGGGGGAGGAAGAAUAUCUGUGGCUGAUUUUUUUAUUCCUGCUCUCAGUCGUCUCGGCGAGUCUGAAGACUGAAGAUGCUCCUGGACGCAGGACCACAGUAUCCCACCAUAGGAGUCACUACUUUCGGCUCCUCACGGCAUCACUCAACAGGCGAAGUCACAGAGAGAGAAGUGGCGUUGGGGAUAAAUCCGUUCGCCGACGGGAUGGGCGCCUUCAAAAUUAACCACAGCUCCCACGACAUCGGCUCCGGACAGACGGCGUUUUCCUCCCAGGCGCCCGGCUACGCCGCGGCCGCCCUGGGGCACCCGCACCACCCGACCCACGUUGGCUCUUACUCCACGGCGGCUUUCAACUCCACCAGAGACUUUCUCUUCAGGAACCGGGGCUUCGGGGACGCGGCCGGGGCGCAGCACAGUUUGUUCGCCUCGGGAAGUUUCGCAGGGCCACAUGGACACUCGGAUGCGGCGGGGCACCUGCUCUUCCCCGGGCUGCACGAGCAGGCGAGCCAUGCAUCCUCCAACGUGGUCAACAGCCAGAUGCGGCUGGGCUUCUCCGGGGACAUGUACGGAAGGGCAGACCAGUACGGCCACGUUACCAGCCCCAGGUCCGACCACUACGCAUCGACCCAGCUGCACGGCUACGGCCCCAUGAACAUGAAUAUGGCCGCGCACCACGGAGCAGGGGCCUUCUUUCGAUACAUGCGGCAGCCCAUCAAGCAAGAGCUCAUCUGCAAGUGGAUCGAACCCGAGCAGCUGACCAACCCCAAAAAGUCCUGCAACAAAACUUUUAGCACCAUGCACGAACUGGUCACCCACCUGACCGUGGAGCACGUCGGCGGACCGGAGCAGACCAACCACAUCUGCUUCUGGGAGGACUGCGCCAGAGAAGGGAAGCCGUUCAAAGCCAAAUACAAACUUGUAAAUCACAUCCGAGUUCACACCGGAGAGAAACCCUUUCCCUGUCCGUUCCCCGGCUGUGGCAAAGUGUUUGCCCGAUCGGAAAAUCUAAAAAUUCACAAAAGGACUCACACCGGCGAGAAGCCUUUUAAGUGUGAAUUCGAAGGCUGCGACCGGCGGUUUGCAAACAGCAGUGACCGCAAGAAACACAUGCACGUCCACACGUCGGACAAACCGUAUCUCUGCAAAAUGUGCGACAAGUCCUACACACACCCGAGCUCCCUCCGCAAACACAUGAAGGUCCAUGAAUCCUCGAAUCCAGCCUCGCAGCCUUCUCCAGCGGCCAGUUCAGGGUACGAGUCGUCCACGCCUCCCACCAUAGUCUCCCCGUCCACAGAGAACCAGAGCAGCAGCUCCAUAUCACCAGCAGCCUCAGCAGUUCACCACACAACCAGCCACAGCACGCUGACGUCCAAUUUCAAUGAAUGGUACGUGUAAAUAUUUUUGAGAAAAACACAAAAAACAAACAAACAAAAAAAAAACUACCGCAGAGAGAGCGAGACAGAGGGGGAGGAAGAAAGAGACUGCAGAAUUUAAAAGGGGAAAAUACUUGGAAACAAAGACUUUUGGACUGAAAAAACCCCCGAGGGGAGGCCCUGACGAUCAUUUUUAAAGAGACUGCAUGGACGUUUUGAAAAAAAAAAAAGGAGCCAACGACUUUUAACUUCUCCUCACCCCCUGAAAAAACCCCUCUCCAGUAUUUUUUUAUUUUCUAACUGAGAGACUGCUCAGAGACAGAACAGCAUGCGAUCUGCAAGAGGUAAAAGAAAGGCCUGUGAUUUUUUCCCCCUUCUCUUUUUUUGUACAUAAAAAAAUUUCCACCAAGUUGGGGGAAAAUGUAAAAAUUUUUAAUUUGUAAAUACUUCUAUGACAGUUAAGGGGGCAUUUGUGACGAUAUGUGGUCCCUAGAUAUAUGGAUUAAAAAAAAGAAGAAGAAGGUUUUAAAGAAUAUGUGCAUUGAAUAGAGUCGCACCGGAGAGGGAGGAAUGUUAUAGUUGUGUACCCAAAUGUGAAUUUAUUCAGUAUUACUACAGUCUACACGUCGACCUAACCGACUCUUAGUAUUAAUGUGCUUUUGUAGCCUAUUCAGUGCAACAUUUUCGUCCGAGGUCCAGUUUUGAGUAGAGCACAGUAUCAUUGUUGUUAUUUAAUGUCAUGUCGAAGAUGAAGAAAAAAAAAUCGUGUAGUGAAAAAAAAGCCUGAAAAAUUCCGUGUCAAUCUGUUCAUGUACGUGAUAAAUAUAUAAAAAAAUCUCUGUCAAUUGCUUUGUCUGAAAGGAAGUAUUAUUAUUAUUAUUAUUAUUAUUAUUAUUACAUGUAAGUAGCUCAAUUUUCCAUAUUUAUCCGCAUGUAAAGGACAUGUUAGAAAUAUGGUCGGUAUUUAUGGAGAAAUGCGCUCGUAUGUAAAAUUUAGUUCACACACACUCACACACGCGCGCGCGCAUAAAAUGUUUGGAUACAUUUCGUACUAUAUUAAAGGAUUUAAAAAAAAUGAAA